AUGGAAAUGAGAAGGGAAUUUUAUUUAAAUCAUUUCGUAAGGAAGGAACACAAGAUUGUCAUUAUUGAAAAAUUGGAUGAUUUAUUGAAGGCAAUGAAGAGUGUUGUGAAAAGAGUUGGAAAUUUGGAUCAAUUGAAACAAGCAAAUGAUAGCACUGUAACUGAAAAGGAUGGAAAGAUCAUGUUGGGUGAAAAGGAGCAAGAUUUAAUCAAUGAGGAAUAUAAGAAUAGAGCCCUUCCAACAAGUUGCUUAAAUUGGAGAUAUCAAGUGCAACACAUUGAACCAAUCAUGAAGGAAUUGGAAGAGAUGGGAAUUGGAUUCUUGGAAAUUUGUGCUGUCAUUUUGGUUUUCUUUGCGAGACCAGAAAUUUCCUACACCUUGCUGAAGAGAAUGUUAAAGAGUGAUACUUCCCUUCAAUCGAAUGAGAGUAAGGUUCAUGCCUAUGUACUUCUCGCUCAGUCUCAUCUCUUCUGGAAGGGAGUCCCAAGAAGGGAUAUUGGCCUCUCAUCAAAUGAUAACAGGCCAUUGCAAUAUUUGAGAAGUGCACUCUCCUUGUUGGAAAAGGUUGACAAGAAGAAUUACAACUCCACUGUGAAUCAUAUCCUCGUUUGGACCUAUAUCAACUUGAUUCAACAAUGCUGUCUACCUGGUGAUGAGACAAGAAUCUCUGUGGAGGAUUUAGAACAUUUGAUGAAUGAUUUUUAUCAGAUUCUUUUCAUUUUGGACAGCUCAGAAUUGUCAGAGUUUUCUCACAUGAAUGCUCUCUGUCAGGAUGGAAUUAGAUUUUGGUUUGCUCAUUUACAAAGUCAACUAGGAGCUUUUGAUCAGUUCCAAAGAGUUUCUCUUCUUCCUGAUCAUGAGGUUGUUUCAUUGGUAGAGAAAAUGUUCAAUGAAUUCCACUCUGCCAACUUGCCCCUCCCAAAGCAAUGCCUGAACAAGUUCUUUUUGCAUGCCUUGUCAGAGAGUUUACUCAUGAGAAACAAUUUGGAAGGAUUUUUGAGGAAUAUUCGAUUAGAUGAAUCGAACAAGAGAAAAGAAGAAUUCAUCAUUCCUCGAGCCAAGUAUGCACUCUUUACACUAUGCACUUGCUCUUCAAUGUUUCCACAAUAG